AUGGCGCAGAAUCUUCUUAGGGACGAUGCGAAAGAUUUUUUUGCGAAUAACAUACUCUCGAUUUAUGAGUUUUGGCUAGACCUAAUACGCAGAACCACUUUACCAACCAAUCUCAGCUAUACCGAUCCUAGCUGGAUUGCUGCUUUUCAGAGUCUGGACAACAUUAUCGAAGGCGAUAUGCACCCUCAGUCUAGACUUGCUUACUUCCAACUGACACACGUUAUGGCCUCGCUUAAGAAGAGUGUGCAAAAUGACCGAAGAUAUGGUCGGAUUGAGUCGAAAGUCGGGCAAAGAGAUGCCAAUAUUGCUCUGGAUAUAUACCUUAAGGCCCAAGGGGUAGUAUCAAAUCAUAAAGUAGUAAGACAGCGCCUACACAAACGUCUCCGUAUUAGCAAGCGUUGGGCUCACUUCGCUUGGCCAUCACCCCUAUUGAUUCUCACGCACUCGAAGAUGGCAGAUAGAAUAAUG